GCAAGCGGGUGGAAGCGCGCCGCCAAGAAGAUCCAAGCCGCGGCUGCAAUGAAAAUCGCCAGCCCGACCCAGACUGUUAAGAGCGAGACAGGGUCGUCAGUGGCAGCAAGUCCAGGCAGGUCCACCGCCGACAGCGCGUUCAACUCUCAAGCGGGUAAGAUUAGGAAGAGGUUGGCGUUCCUGCGGGCAAGUACGGCUGACGUCGACAGGCAGUUCUUCUUCCCACAGAUUGGACAUUUCUGGCGAGAUGUCUUCAACCGACUUCACAGCAGUGUCAGCUGGAUUCUUCAUCUGGAGGAACCGGAAAGAACCUCCUGCUUAGCCAAGCUGAUAGCUCACAAGACCUUCGAGGCAAUAGUAAUGCUGGCAGUUCUUGCCAACACAGUUUUCAUUGCAGUUCAGACAAACUUUGAGAUGGAAACCUUGGGCCAAACAUACGCCUCCGGGCCGUUCGUCGAGACCGUCUUCUUGAUUUUCUUCACUGUGGAAAUCGUGCUUCGACUUCUGGUGCACAGGCUCUACUUCUUCUGCAAUGAGGACAUGUCUUGGAAUCUCAUGGAUCUUGUGUUGAUGCUGCUCGCCUAUAUGGACAUUUUUUUCGAAUACUACAACGUCCAAGUUGGAAGAGUCGGUAUGCUUCGACUGCUGCGAGUCACGCGAUUGUUUCGCAUUAUGCGCGUGCUCCGCUUCCUGAAGGAAGUGCGGGUGAUGCUGGUGGCAAUUGUGGGCUCAUUCAUUUCCUUGUUCUGGGCCCUUGGAAUGCUGGCAGUUAUCAUCUUCAUAUUUGCCAUCUACUUCAUGCAGCAGAUGACUGCCUACUUGCAGAUUACACCGCAGGAAGAUGAGCUGUGGUCCUUGCAGUGGGAUUACUUCCACAACACUGGCAGCGCCAUGUACGUGCUUCUCAUGGCCAGCACCGGAGGAAAGGACUGGGAGGAGGUGUAUCAGCUGGUUGCCCCUCUGGGUGCAGACUGUGCCAUUGCAUUCACAUUCUAUCUCUUGUUCUUCACCCUGGGCGUCAUGAACAUCAUCACAGGCGUGUUCGUUGAGAAUGCUUCCGUUCUCUUUAAGCCCGAUGAUCAGGAGGCCCUGGCAGAGUACAUGAAGCAAGUUCAGGAUGACAUCCAGGAGGUGACAGCAAUCAUGCACACCAUUGACACGGAUGGAUCUGGCUCACUUUCCGUGGAUGAGUUCCUGACUGCCAUGCAGAAUGAUAGGGUGGAGCACGCACUGCGCCAGAUAGGAGUUGAUAUUCGCAUGCCGGAGCACUAUUUCAAGACCCUGGCCGCCAUUACAGAGCAAGAAGAGAUUGCUAUUGAUGAGUUUGUGGCUCACAUCGUGCAGAUGAAAGGUGCUGCCAGCCGCACUGAUGUGCAGACGCUGACGCUCGAAGUUGCGAUGUUGCAGACGCAUGGAUGCAAGCCCCCUUAG